CGGGGGCUGUGCCCGAGCCCGAUCCGCCGCUCCGGCUCCGAGCAGUGGUCUCCAGAAGAAGGUUGUGGUCCCGCACGGAUGCGCUCGUUGGGGAAAACCUUGGAGAUUCACAGAAAGGCGUAAAGCCUGGGGCUUCCAACGAUACUCUGGGCAGAGAUGGAAGCCUAGAUGCCUCACCGCAAGGAGCGGCCGAGCGGGUCCUCGCUUCACACACACGGCAGUGCCGGCACCUCGGAGGGAGGAAACAUGUCCCGGCUGUCUCUCACCCGGUCGCCUGUGUCUCCUCUGGCUGCACAGGGCAUCCCCCUGCCCGCCCAGCUCACCAAGUCCAAUGCACCUGUGCACAUCGACGUGGGCGGCCACAUGUACACCAGCAGCCUGGCUACGCUCACCAAGUACCCCGACUCCAGAAUAAGCCGCCUCUUCAAUGGCACCGAACCCAUCGUCCUGGACAGUUUGAAGCAACAUUACUUCAUCGACCGGGAUGGGGAGAUUUUCCGCUAUGUCCUGAGCUUCCUGCGGACGUCCAAGCUGCUGCUCCCGGAUGACUUCAAGGACUUCAGCCUGCUGUACGAGGAGGCACGCUACUAUCAGCUGCAGCCCAUGGUGCGUGAGCUGGAGCGCUGGCAGCAGGAGCAGGAGCAGCGGCGCCGCAGCCGAGCCUGUGACUGCCUGGUGGUACGCGUCACGCCUGACCUGGGCGAGCGGAUCGCGCUCAGCGGUGAGAAGGCCCUCAUCGAGGAGGUCUUCCCCGAGACCGGAGAUGUCAUGUGCAACUCCGUCAACGCCGGCUGGAACCAAGACCCUACGCACGUCAUCCGCUUCCCACUCAACGGCUACUGCCGGCUCAACUCGGUGCAGGUCCUGGAGCGGCUGUUCCAGAGGGGUUUCAGCGUGGCUGCAUCCUGUGGGGGCGGCGUGGACUCCUCCCAGUUCAGUGAGUACGUGCUUUGCCGGGAGGAGCGGCGACCACAGCCCACCCCUACUGCUGUUCGGAUCAAGCAGGAACCCCUGGACUAGUCCCUGCUUCAGUGCCCACCUGGGCCCCCCAGGGACCUGGAAACAGUGCUGGGGAGUUCUUCCUGUGCGUGCUUGGCUGUGGGCAUGAGACCGAGGGUGAGGCAGGAGGGUCCAAAGCUGGCCCAGGGAGCAUCAGGGUCCCAGGUGUCGUGGCCCCAGAACGUGGGAUGCUGGAGGCAUGCCUGCCAAAGGAUUGUUGAUGUGACCCAAAGAUGCAGCAGUGGGAACUCCGCUGCCAGUUCUCCCAGCCCCUUGGCUCCCCACCCUGGCACAGAAUCCUCUGAGGACCCGGGGCCUGCUGGGGCAGGGUUGGAAGAGGCAUCUACAGCUACUCCAGAGGAGCUGUUUAUCCUUCUCCACAUGGGGCAGACUCUGGUAGUGGGUCUCCUAGCGUCUGAGAUGGCUUAUUUUUCUACAGUAUUUAAAAUGGAAGCAACCAUAACAACUGCAAAAGUCAGAGAGGCCGACAAGGGCCAACGCUUCUUUAUCUGGUGCUCAGUUCUCAGUCGGACACGCAUCAUGGCCGCAGGGUGGACGAGCUGCCUGGCGUUCAGGCCCAGAUGCCUGCAGGGCUGGGGCUCUUGGGACAGAUGCAGGGAUGUGUGCUGCAGGGCUGCUGGGAGGAGAGUGAUGGGGGCCUGGGGGCUGAGUGGCUCUGUAACCAUCUGAGACCCUCACCUUUGCUACCGUCUGGGGCUCAGGCUCCACCUCUGGGUCAUGUGACCUCCCACUGCCUGGGGGGCUUCCAGUCCUAUCUGUGUGGACUGGCACCUGGGCUGCUGGAGAAGCCUUCUCCCAUUCUGACCAGCCUCAGGGCUGCACCUUACCUCAGGAAUGGGCCCCACCCUGAAGGGGCCCAUCUGUCAGCAGCAUCUUCUGGGUCCCCAGCUCAGGGAGCCAUCCCCAGCUCCAAAUUUCUCACUCAAAUAUGCACAGAGUUUUAAUUAAACUUGUUAUGCUAGCCUGUCAAGGAGACCCGGACACGGGCAGACCUGGCGCUCUUGACCCCGGAUUCCAGUGAGGACUGGCCCCGAGGAGUCCUUACAGACCUGCUGCCUCCCUUAUAACAGGCCCAAAGAUGGACCCCUCCCCCCCCCACCUUGUGACAGCUCCCCGUGUGUUCUCUGGUGGAGAAACUGCAGAGGACUAGUGGGUGGGGCUUCCCAGCCAUCACCAUCCUGUGUACAAUGGCUGUAGGCUUGUAUAUGGCUCCUUUAAUAUUGUAAAGAUGCUGAUGUACAAUUGUGCGUUUGUGUGAACACAUUGCGUUCCUAGUCCAUGCCAUAAAUGAUGCUCUAAUGAAAAGACUGGAGGCUCUGUCCUGUGCAGAAGCAGCAGCUGGACUCCCACAUUCGAUGUUGUACAGGGAGGUUUGCGGGUGGAAUGGAGUCCUCUCCCACAGAUCCUUCAGUUCACAUCGAGGAAUAACCCGAGGUGGUGGUGGGGGAGGGUCAGUGGCUGGGUCCUGAGCUUGGAGUUAUUUAUUGCAUUUGGGUGCCUGUCCCCUCCAGGCAGCACAGAUUCUGAAUUCUGAUUCACAGCCCCUAGCCAGAUGGGAACUGGGAAAGAGACAGAAGAUGUCUGGGUGCUCUUGAACCCUGUCUUAAAUGUUUGGGAUUAUCUCUCUCACUGUUCCUUGGUUGGGGCUGAUGUCCUCUUUAGAGUCCCACAUAGUGGUAUUAGAAGAUGGUAGCUGGUGGCUCAGGCCAGCCAGGGAGGACUGAGUCACGCAGCUAGCGUGAGACUUGCAGUUCACCUAAGCACAGAAUGAAAUCUCAGUAUGCCUCUAUGUGGAGAUUCACAUAGGCCUCCAAUUUUAAUAAGCCUUUUUGCAUUUUUUUUCUCAAAGCUCUUAUGUUCUAACCCAUGAGAACCGUUUUACCUGCCCCUAAGGGCCACCAGCUUGGACCUGCCUCAGAGGACAGCAGCACAGACCAGCUGAUCCCUGUCUGAGGCCACAGAGCAGACGCCAUCCCCCUGUACAAUCAAAUUUGCUGGACAAACUUGAUAGGUUUCUCUGCUUAGCAACGAGCCUAUAGUUGGCACAUCUGUGUUUUGGCAUCUGAGGCUCUCAUCUGAGUGGAGGAGGAAGUGUUGUGUUGAUUAGCAAGGAAGCCUUGUGAAAACACCUUGAUGCUGUGUGUGUUUAUGGAUUUUUCUGAUAGCCAGCAUGGUUACCGAUUGGUAGAGAUUCUCGAACAUUCCCAAACUCUCGUUUUGAGUAAAAAAUUGUGCUAAAAAUAAAAUUUAAUAAAGAAGGGGGAAAAGGAGUAACUCUACCUGACUAAAUGUUACUCUAAUUUAUUUCUUUCUUUACUAAUUAAGUAAAAUCAGGGAGUAUGAUUUUACAUCGACCAGAGAAUUCCUGAAUUUGUAGGGAAACACCGUGUUCCCAUAAUGAUGCUAUAAUUCUAAUAUACCUAGUCCCCAUAAGCAGCAAGUACAAAUUAUUCCUUUAAAGCAUUCUUAUACUUCCUGGAAUGAAUAUAUCAUACGCAAUCUUUUAUCAAAUGCCAGCAGUAUAAAUGUUACUUCUGCUCUUUGCAAACCUCAAAACUCAUUUCUCUUGAUUAUAAGCAACUGGACAGAACCAUGCCAAAGCUUCCCAGUUUCCCACCAGACCCCUGCCAGUGAGUUCAGAGAACUUGCAAAGCCACAGCAGUGGCCCCAGCCACUGCCCCGCUUACAUGGGGCCCAAUGCCAGGUCACAACACUAAUAUCUUUCAAAAAAUAUCUUUUUUUUUUUUUUAAGCUACUGCUUGACUGUUCCUUAGAAUAAAUAAAGGAUAUUUUAUAAAUUA